AUGGGUUGCUGCACUACUAAAAAUAAGAAAUAAUUAAAGGAUAUAGACCAUUUCGUGAAUAUGCUUAACAAAAACAUAACAGACGAAACAAAAAUCUAAGAGAGAAACAAAGUAUUUUAAAUUACAAAGAAUCCCAUAUUUUAAAGGAGACUAUCAUAAAAAAAGGAAGUCUCUUUGACCAAACAAACCUACUCCUAUUUAGAAAGAAACAACUAAACUUCUAAAAAUUGUGAAUAUUUAUGA